AUGGUCAAUUACCAUCAGGUAGUCAUUGUGAUGGACGGUACAUGGCCUUCCAAUAUUGAGAUUGAGCCUUCUUAUUUUCAUGACAUCAUCAUCAAUAUUAAUCAAGCCAUUAAGGAAUGGGCUUUGAAAUCCAUCUUGUUUUUAAAUUCAGGUCAAAGUCUUAGCCUUCCUCAAGAAAAAUUGUUACUGUCAGUUUAUGGAACAUCCAGCGGCUCGAAUCCACAAGUAGUUCUUUCUCAAGAUGUCCUCUCAUUACCUCUUUUAAAUACUGCUUUGAAGCAUUACAUGAAUCAAUUCAAACACAUCAAACAAGAUAAAAUUGGUAUCUCUACGAUGGAGAGUACCCUAAAACAUUUGAGCACCAUGAUGAACAGUAGUAUGAAAGAAAAUAUAAUUUCUUCUCAAAUUGUGUACUUUACUACUGAAAAAUUGGACGGUGUCUCUUCAGAACUUAACCAAACAUUGGGAGAAUUGUACGGGGAUAACGUUGAUUUGCAUGUGAUUAAGGUCGUGUAUGAUUUUGACGUUGAUGUUUGUAUGGACACAGGGUUCAUUGAGCUCGUUGAAAAGUUUCCAAAUACAAGAUGCACAACUGUAUUUAAUGACCCAUUGUGUUUGGCAAGAGAAUUAUUUCUCUCAACUAAACACAUGUUUAAACCCCACGGAAGGGAGAUGUCCUUAUUUGUUUCAAAAAAUUCUGAACCAUUGAAGAUGUCACUUAUUCCAUCCAUCACUCUAAAUGAUUUCGAGCUGUUUGUUUCCGAUCGUAUAUGCCAAUGCCACGAAGAAAAGGUCAACUCUAACGUAUUAUACACACAGCUACAGAAAGGAUUUGUUUGUAGUUCAACAUUGAAAAUCAUUGAUUUUUCAGACACAAUUCCCGUUCUUCGCAUAGGGAACGGAUCCAGAGAAGUGCUUUACACCUCUGGCUACGAUGAGAAAUGCCUUACCUUGCAUACAAACAUCGAGAUGUGUGUGCUAUCCAGGGUAAAGUUGUGUUCCAUGCCCUAUGAGCUUCUAUUUGGUGAAACAUUUUUAUUGAUCCCCUCUAUUGACAUUGACCUAUCGAUGGUUGAGAAGAAUGAAUCAGAAAUCUAUUACUUAUGUCGUCAUCUUGUUGACACCAAUGAAGGCCUUCUAUGCACCUCCGAGACUUCAUUGAGAGCUACAAGUAUCAAAGAUAGCUGCGUUAAAUACCAUUUUCUUAUUGUUGCAGAUGUUGAAAUGAAGUGUCUCGUUGUUCGACAAGUUUCAACCUCAGACGAGGUUAUCCCUCCAGUCUUUUUAUCAAGAUUAUCUCCUCAUUUACCUAGUUCCAAUAUUUCGAAGGAGCUAUCAGACCUAGAACUAAUCGAGGAGUUUAACCCUUUAUCCUUUAACAGCAACAAGAUUAACUUUGUGUACAAAUCAAUAGCGACUGCUUUAGUUCAGAAAAGAAGCUCAGAUAUGGACAGAAAACCAAAAUGGCAAUCUAAAGACACCUUAGCAUCGACAACAGGUUUUCCACAUGCUCGCAAAGAUGAAGCAACACCGAAGAGAUCUUCCAACACCGAAAAAGUACAGUCCAAGAAGGUCAAGAAACUGAUUUUCAAGUAA